AUGCUGCUGCUGCUCCUGUUUCCCAUGGUCUUUCCCCUGCCCCCCGGGGCUCAGGCUGGGGAGAUCAUUGGAGGACAGGAAGUCCGGCCUCACUCCAGACCCUACAUGGCCUUUGUGAAAAUAGAGAGAAAAGGAAAGGGAGGAAACAUGUGUGGAGGGUUCCUGAUCCGGGAGGACGUGGUGGUGACAGCAGAUCAUUGUUUUCACAGCAACAUCUCUGUGCUCCUGGUAGCUCACAACUUUGAAAUAGAUGAACUGGGGACACAGACAAUCUGGGUACGUCGCCGAAUCUCCCACCCAGAUAUCAAUGAUGAAACAUUUGAAAAUGACAUCAUGCUGCUUCAGCUGAGGCACAAGGCCAAGCUGACUCAGGCUGUGGGCACCAUCCCCCUGUCCCAGGAGAUGGUGAAGAAGGGGGCAGUGUGCAGCGUGGCCGGCUGGGGACAGACCAGUAUAAAAACAAAUGCCCAGCCAUCUCCGACCCUGCAGGAGGUGGAACUGACGGUCAUGGGCAAGAACAUGUUUCUGUCUCGGCCCUAUCUGCACUAUGUCCCGUCCAGGAUGCUGUGCGUGGGGAAACCCCAGGAAAGGAAGUGGCCAUUCCUGGGUGACUCCGGGGGCCCCCUGGUCUGUGAUGGGAAGGCCCAGGGCAUAGUCUCCCAUGGCAGCGGUGACGGGUCAACUCCCAGUGUGUUUACCAGGCUCUCCAAAUACGUGUGCUGGAUCAAGAAAACGCUGCACAAGCGGAAGCCUUAGAGGGGAGUGUCCAUCUCUAAUGUGAGUGGAGAGACAGAUGGGUAUUGCAGAGCGAUGGCUGGCUACUGCAGAUGGAUAGAUGUGUAGCCAAUGAUUUUAGUUUAUUGCUCAUUUAUUGUGUGAUGUUAUGAUUAAACAACAUGUUAUGCCAUAUAUAAUCUUUCUGUGCUGAUUAGAGUUGAAUUGUAGGAUUACAAAAAUAUAAGAAUGAUCAGUAGUUAGAAGGGAUAGUUAGGUUUUAGGCUGAGGCCUGUAAGAUAGUAACUUAGCCACACUAGGCCACACUAGGCCAUAGGCUUAAGAAAUGCUUGAUAUAAGUGACCGAAGAAUGAUCCCAUGCCACAAGAUAACGGGGAAAGAUGUACCCAUAUGUGGUACUGUGAAAAAUGAACAAUAAGUGUAAUUUUUUCCUUACAAGAUCUCUGAUAGUGAAAUCUUUCUAACUCGUGCCCUAACUGCAGGGUGCACAAUGUGCAUAAAAGCUAAUGAGGCAUAGUUGGAAUCACAUUAUAAAAAGAGGACGCCCAGAUUAGGAAAAUUGAGCUUCCUAUUGGAAACACCAGCAGGAACCACCCCCUAGUGAUGAUCAUUUGGCCAGGCAGAAAUCAGACCUUUAGAAUAUCACUAAAGGAUGUGAGUAUAACUAUAUUUGUA